AUGGAAUCGUGGCCGGUGCCCGUAUGGGACGUCGUAGGUUCGGGCAGCGACUUUGCUCCCGACCCCGUGUUCGGCACGGUGCUCCACUGCCACGGCCCGGGAGGCCCCGCGACGCCCACCGAGCUCUCCAUCGACGGGCUGGACAUUGCCCCGACGGGCAGCUUCACAGCGUCGUUCUGGUUCCGCGCGAACGCCAGCGAGCUCGUCGGCGAGCGAGGCUUCAGCUACUUCCAGUACAUGCUCAGCGCGAGCGGCGACGACGCGCCCGCCCUCCGCCCGUUCCACCCCCGCAACCUCCACGUGUACCUCCCCGAGGACAAGUCGCUCGCGUUCGGACUCGUCCGCACGAUCUACAAGGACGCGACCGACGAGUACACCGGUCCGUGGAGCGAGACCCUCAUCGACAGCGACGGCCACUACGGCACCACCCGCGACCUGCUCGCGCCCGUCGCCACACCCCCGGCGGUGAACGUCACCGACGGGCUGUGGCACAUGUACACGCUAUCGACGCAGCCCGCUGGGAGCGCCGGGUACCGCGUGUACAUCGACGGGGAGCUCGCGGGCGACAUCAACCCGAGCCUGCAGUCGCUGGGCGUCCUCGCGCAGAUCGACGGGGGGGACCCAGCGGGGCUGACGGGUCCGCUGACGCUGUGUGGGCGGUCCGACCGCGACCCGAACCGUCACUUUGACGGCUACCUCGCGCAGCUGGCGUUCUGGCGCGAAGCUCUCUCGCCGCUCGACGUCCAGGAGCUUUUCCGCCGGACGGCGGAGGCGGCCGCCAGCAAAGGCGUUGACUUCUUCCCAGCUCCAAAGGAACCCGCCGUCACGCCGAGCGCCGCGCCCAGCUCGGACGCCAGCCUGCCACCGGGGUGGUCGGGCCCGCAGGAUGCUGCGCGCAGCGAAGACGCCGCGGCCCUGGGGCAGCCCUGCGAGAGGACGUUCCCCGACGAUGAGCCCGGGUACUUCUCGCGCGGGACCUGUCCCGGGAUGCUGGUCUGCGUGCCGAUGCAGGGGCUCAUGAGCAGCCGCGAGGGCCAGUGCCACGAAGCGCCGCACGGCGGCCUGCACGAGCCGGCCGCCUCCGCGAACGUCCCCGUCCCGCUCGCGUCGUUCCCCCUCGACGGGACGCUGCUCUCCUGGCCCUACGGCGCCUGGGCGGGCGAGCUGUACGGCGGCGCGACCUUCGCGGACGACGCGGUCUUCACCACGGCGCUGGAGUGCUCCGAGAACACGACGGACCUCGCGGCGAUUCAGCGGCCGACUUCCUGGGGCCAGGAGGGGGAGCUUGCCGUGUCAGUGUGGUUCAAACCGGACCCUGCGCACGUCCCGCGGGUCAACGACACCUACCAGUAUCUCCUCAGCGUGGGAAGGCCCGAACUGGGGGCGUCCUGGGGGCCCAACCAGCUGCACCUCUACCUCCCACGCCACGGUCAUGCCGAGCACGGCGUGCUGCGCGCGAUCUUCAAGGACGCCACGGGCACCGACGAAGGUCCUUCGUCAAGGACCUACGUCGAUUCUGACGGCACCAUCGGCAGCGACACGCCGCCGGUGCCCAAGACCAGCAGCCCAGAUGCGUCGGUCGACAGCGACGGUCUGUGGCACCACGCGGUGCUUUCCACGCUGCCCGGGCGCGCGGACGGGUACAGUCUCUUCCUGGACGGCGUCCGCGUGGCCACGCUCGACAAUUCGUCGACCCCGGACCGUGCGCAAGUCGACGGCGGCGCAUCGUUCCAGCCCUCGGGACCCAUCGUCCUGUGCACGCGGAGCGACGGGCUCCCCACGCGGCACUACACGGGGCGUCUGUCCUCGCUCGACCUCUUCAACGCCGCGCUCGGCGAGGAGCAGGUCCGUGCGCUCCAUGAGUCAGUUUCGUCCAAGUUCCCGACGCUGGUGGCAGCGCGCAGGUCGGCGGCGGACGGCGCGAGCGUGGCCUCGCGCGUCGACGACGAGACGCCCGAGCAGGCCCAGGACGGUCUUGAGCCGCACGACUCCGGUCAGACCGGAAAGGGGGGGGGUAUUGGAUGGGGGGCAGUCGUAGGCAUCGUGUUGGUGUCUCUCAUCGGGACCUGCGUGGCCUCGGGGUUGGUCAUCGUUGCGUGCCGGGCGUACAGCGCACGGCAGGCCCGGAACGACCGGAGGCUGCCGACCUCCGGUGCGCACCGCAGCGCUGUCGACUUCUACGACGCAGACCACGCGGCCGCGGCGGGGGCGUCCGCGGGGGUGCGCGCGGGGGGCGACAAGCCAGACGAGCCCGGCGUAUCUCGGGGGCACCCUCGCGGCGGGACACCGGAGGACGACGACGACACAGCAGACAUCCAGAGGGAGGAUGAGCCCCGCCAGCCGCUCGCGCCUCUGUCGAGCAGCCAGGGGCGCGAGGUGCUGCCCACCGCACCGCCGCUGGAGGACGCCGACCUCACGCGGGACCACGUGCGCACGGACGCGCGGCGCUUUCGCGAGAGGCACCUCGCUGCAGCAGGCUCGGCGCAGGGCGCGCGCGACCCGCUGUCGGACUCGUCGGACGAGGAGGUGCCUCUCUGA